GCUCUUUGUCUUUGCAUCAAUCAAUGGAUCUGUUGUCGUGUUUUAUGCCAACUGCUAGAAUCUACUGUAAGGCUGGGCAUAACUUCUCUUUAGCCAUAAGAGGCGGUAAGGUGGUUCUUGCUUUGGCUAAUCCAGCUGAUGAGUACCAGCACUGGUACGUUGAUGUGUUCUUUAGUGGGAAUGGCCUUGCUUUGGUAAAUAAAAAAACUGGUGAGGUCAUCAAGCGCACUUCUUCAAAUCAAGGACCUGUAAGAAUCCGUUGAAUGGCCAUUAGAAUUUUACUAUGUUCAUUUCAAUUGUGCUCACUGCAAGAAAAUAGCGAAAUACCAACAGAAAGAGUUGUCGUUAAUAACAACACCCAGCUGUU